AAGUUUUCCGAAGGUUAGCUUGUUUUGAUUUUGUUUUUUCUCGCUACAUAGUUCAGGCUGGACUUGAACUUACUAUGUAGACCAGGCUGGCUCAACUCAAAGUGAUCCUCUUGCCUCAGUCUCCCAAGUGCUGGGAUCACAGGUGUGUGCCACCGUGCCCAACAGCUUUUGUAGUUUAUCUUUAAGAUACUCUGUUCUUGGAGUCAUGUGACACACUGUGCUUUCUUGUAUAAAUAGCAAGCCAUCUCCUGGCUUAAAGCAGUCUUUGAAUUUCAGCAUGAUCCCUUCUCAGCUGCUGGUUUCGGCAACAUUUUUAGUUUUCUGCUUUUUAAAAGUCAGCUCCUCGGCUACUUUCACUGCAGCUGUCUAUGAGCAUGCCGUGAUUCUGCCUAAUGUUACCUUAACCCCUGUGUCUUCUGAAGAGGCUUUGGCAUUAAUGAAUCGGAACCUGGACCUUCUCGAGGCAGCAAUCAUAUCAGCAGCCAAGCAGGGUGCACAGAUCAUUGUGACUCCAGAAGAUGGUAUUUAUGGUAUGAUCUUCACCAGGACAUCGAUCUACUCAUACCUGGAGGAUAUCCCAGACCCUCAAGUGAACUGGAUCCCCUGUGAUAACCCUAACAGAUUUGGCCUCGCUCCAGUACAAAGAAGACUCAGUUGCCUAGCCAAGGGCAAUGCUAUCUACGUGGUGGCAAAUAUAGGGGACAAGAAGCCAUGCAACACAAGUGACCCUCAGUGUCCCCCCGACGGUCGUUACCAGUACAACACGAAUGUGGUGUUUGAUUCUCAGGGAAAGCUGGUGGCCCGAUACCACAAGCGACAUCUUUUCAUGAAUGAAGAUCAGUUCGAUACCCCCAAGGAGGCUGAGGUUGUGACUUUUGACACCGCCUUCGGGAAGUUUGGCAUUUUCACGUGCUUUGAUGUACUGUUCCAUGACCCUGCUGUCAUGCUGGUGAAAGACAGCCACGUGGACACCGUCCUCUUCCCCACGGCUUGGAUGAAUGUUCUGCCGCAUUUGUCAGCCGUUGAAUUCCACUCGGCUUGGGCAAUGGGCAUGGGGGUCAAUUUCCUGGCCUCCAAUUUGCAUAACCCUCUGCUGAGGAUGACAGGAAGUGGCAUUUAUGCACCAGAUUCUCCCAGAAAAUUUCAUUAUGAUAUGGAGACCCAAGAGGGAAAACUCCUCGUGUCCCAGUUGGAUUCUCACCCCUACCGCCCUGAAGUGAAUUGGACUUCCUAUGCCAGCAGUAUUGAAGCCUUCUCAGUGAGAAACCAGGAAUUUAAGGGAACUGUCUUUUAUGACGAAUACAUCUUUGUGGAGCUCAAAGGAAUCACAGGAAAUUAUACAGUCUGCCAGAAAGAUCUCUGCUGUCAUCUAAGCUACCAGAUGUCUGAGAAGAGGUCAGAUGAAGUUUAUGCCUUAGGAGCAUUUGAUGGGCUGCACACUGCCGAAGGGCAAUAUUAUCUCCAGGUCUGCACCCUGCUGAAGUGCAAAACUACCAAUGUACAGAGCUGUGGUGACUCAGUUGACACAGCCGCUACCAGGUUCGAGAUGUUCUCCCUCAGUGGCACUUUUGGGACUCAGUAUGUGUUCCCUGAGGUGCUACUGAGUGAAGUUCAGCUUGCGCCCCGAGAAUUUCAGGUGAUGAGUGACGGACGCUUGCAGAGCCUGCAGCCCACCUCAAGGCCCCUCCUAACCGUCACACUGUUCGGGAGGUUUUACGACAGAGAUGGGCUGCGGGACGCUUCCAUAGACCUCGGGGCCCAUGCGCUGAGAGGACUGGUUAUGGUGCUGAUGCCCAUCCUAUAUGCAUUAUGUUGGUAGAAUAUUUCCAUUUGUCUUUCCUUCGGGAUAAUUUAAACAUGAUGGUUGAAGAUGGGGUAGGUCUGGGCUUCUGCUAAGAGCAGGAUUCUGAUAAAAGUGAAUGAUUAAUAUAUGUUUCUCUUUAUUUACAUUAACACACAUCUCAGAAAUACGAGGUUAAUAUAAUAGAUAUUAAGGUAAAUUUUAAAAGCUGUUUUGGAGUUUGUCUUUCUUAGAACUGAGGUAUUUGUACCAACUGAGUGUUACACACAUAUUAUGCAGAAGAAAUAAAAGUUUCAAUUAAGUACAUAAAAA